GGAGGAUCACUCAGCUGUCUUUUAGACUUUGGUAAUUUCCAUGUUUGAACGAGAGUGUAAAUUAUCAGAAAAAUGGCAAUAAACCCUGCAAAAGCAAUUCUUAAAGAAGGGAAAUGCGCUUUGUUAAUAUGCGACGUCCAAGUAAUGUUCGCUAAGGAUAUGCUAGAGUUUAAUAAGAUUGUACAAAACUCAAUAAAACUGAUGAAUGCAUUAAAGCUCUUAGAGGUUCCUAUGUUAGUUUCUGAACAUACUGGGUGGGGUAAAACAAUUCCUGAAUUCGACAUUUCUGGUGCCAAAGGACCAUUCGCAAAGACUCAAUUUAGCAUGUGCACACCUGAAAUAACUAAUGAACUUUCUACAAUUUGUUCUGGUAAAAAACCAGAAGCAAUUAUCCUGAUUGGUGUUGAGACCCAUGUGUGUAUAGAAAGUACUGCAAUUGAUUUAAGAGUGAGUGGAUAUGAAGUGCAUGUUGUUGCAGACUGCUGUACUACACGUACCCAGGAGGAUAGAUUACUUGCUUUUGAAAGGAUGAGAGAUAUUGGGUGUCAUAUAACUACUUCUGAAAAUGUCAUUUUUAAAAUAUUGGGAAAUACCACUCGUAAGGAGUUCACAGACAUUGACCGUUUAGUACAGACGCCAACAUUGGAUACAGGACUUACCUCAAAAAAAUGAAUU